AAAAAAAUAAAAAAAACAGAGCAAAUCCAAAUAGGAAAGAAAGAAGCAGAUUGAAAAUGUUAUUUGUUAAUAGUAAUAUUCUGUUUGUUAUUGUUAUAGUUAUAGUUUUAGGGCUUGGCUUGAGAGACAGAUAGACAGGGAGACAAAGAAACAGCGCCAAGUGUACAUUCAAUCAAUCUUCAAUCAUAUUCAUACGUUCGUUAAGAGAGAUGGUGAAGUCAGCAAAGAUUCACCAAUACGAGCACCAUGAAGAGGAAUUCGAAGAUGAUGAUGAAGGAGAAGAAGAAGAGGAUGAGGAAGACGAUGGUGAUGGUGAUGUUGAUGGUGGAGGCAGAAACAACAACAGCAACAGUAACAGCAAUAGCUCCUCUUCGCUCCUAAAUAGGACUACACCUAGGUCUAGAGUCGGGGUAGGUGGGAAGAGCAGCGGCACCACCCAGAAUCAGAGGAGCACUGCCCAUCGUUCCAAGCACUCCCAGACUGAGCAGCGAAGGAGAAGCAAGAUUAACGAGAGGUUUCAGAUUUUGAGGAAUCUCAUACCGCAAAAUGAUCAAAAAAGAGAUAAGGCUUCAUUCUUGUUGGAGGUUAUAGAGUACGUACAAUUUUUACAGGAGAAGUUAAAUACGUAUGAAGGAGAUUACCGGGGGUGGAAUCCGGAGCCAAAAAAAUUGAUACCAUGGAGAAAUCAUCGUGGGCCUGCAGAGAGUUUUAUGGAUCAUUCCCAAGUUAUAAGGAAUGGUUUUGGCCUUGAGAAUAAUGUUGACCCCCCAGCUAUUCUCUCAAAUGCACAGAACUCAACGGAAUCUGAAUUGGCCACGGAGGUGGUUUACAAAGUACUGGAUCAUCUCACUGGGUCAACUACUCCACCUGUUCCUUUGAAUGUUCAAACGAAGCCAAACAUGUUUGAUCUUGCUUGUAGGGGUGGUAUGCCUACAGAGUCUUUGCAGGAAUCCAUUUCUGAUGCUGAAAACCUGCCUUCCCAGCCCCAACCCCAGUGGUGGCAUGCUAGACCAUAUGCAACCGAGUGUGCUGUUCCAAAUAAUUUGCUGAAUGUACGGGAGGAGCUGGCUGUUGAUAGUGGAUCAGAUAGCAUCUCAAGUGCCUACUCUCAAGGGAUACUGAAUUCUCUGACCGGAGCGCUGCAAUCUUCUGGGGUCGAUUUGUCACAGGCCAGCAUUUCAGUACAAGUUAAUGUUGGGAAACGUUCAAAUAGUGAACCGAUUAGUAUAGCAUCCAAUUCAAAGGAUCAUGAGAAACGGUCUAUGGAUGAUCAAGUGAUGGUGCAUACUGGAGUUGGUAGCUGUAGUAAUGAGUCUGAGCUAGCUCAUAAGAGGCUUGGAACAGAAGAAAGCUAGUCUAUUAUUUUUAAUCUCUCUCUUUUUUUUUUUUUUUUCCUCUUUAUUUUUUGAGGGGGUUUUUAUUUUUUGAGUGGGCCCUGAGAAGUGGGGGUUGGUGCUGGUCAUUUUUGCCAUGUCAUGGUCGGCAGACAAAUAGGUCCUGGUCAGUUGUACAUGUUAAUGCUCUUUGGUUUGACAGGUUGCAUGAACCAUCUUAGAAGAGUAUGUCAUAUAUUCUUUUCUUUGUACUUCAAAUUCAGAUCGAUGAUUCCAUGCAACAUAUAAUGAGAAGCUGCUCUUAACUUUCAAUGCAAUUCAUUAUAACAUAUGAACUUGCUUUUCA